UCCUGCGCAUUUUUAAGGUUCUGAAUCAGGACGCUCACUGGCUCAGGUGUGCCGCACUAUCGCAGAAGUUGUUCUUUUGAUUCAUUAGAUUCGUCCUGAUUUAUUGUGUCGGAGCACAAAGCGCCCCCCCCCACCCCCCCCCCCCCCCCCGCGCGUCGGCUUCAUCUCGAGCGCCCGCCCAUCGGGGAGCGAUAGUGGGAGAUUGAUUAUAGGGUCUCCGGGAUUUAUCCGCGUGGAGAAGAGAACGCCAGCAGGGAGACCCGCUCGGACCGAGAAUCGAGAGGAGAAGGGCGAGGAGGAGUUACUUGAGCCGGCUGUUCCCUCUUCAUCGAGCUUCGUGUGUGUGUGGAUCUCCAGAAAGACUUCCCUGUCCUCCGCCGAGUAGGUUGCGAGUGUGGAUCGCCUCCGCAGUCCCGGAUGCGUAGUACACGGGGAGUGGGUGGGUUGGGUCGCCUAGGCGCCUUGGCACGAUAGGUGAGAGGAGGAGUGGGGGAGAUUUCACCCGAGGCUUUUUCUCUCUCUUCCCCCCCCCCCCUCUCACCACCGCCUUUUGUUUAUAAUCAGGAGGAGGACACCGGAGAGGUGAGCCGGACACCCAGAGACCGCCGGACUUUACCGGCUGUGGAUUUUCACUCCCGACACAAACCUCGAUCCGGGAUCCGAAGAUCGGCCGUUUUCCCCCCCCUUCUUUUUCUUUUAUUUGGGUGAGAAACGUCGGUUGACCACAUAGUUCGGACCCGAGUCGACUUCUCCUCCUCCUCCACCUCCUCCUCCUCCUCCUCGUCUGAAGGGGAAUAUAACGAGCGAAUCUGCGGGGCAACACUCACACGCACGAUGGCAACCGGGUGCGCUCCUUCUCGCCUGCGCGCUGCUUGCCGGUGCUGCCGUGGCCCAGAGAGUCGUAACGGUCCAGAGCGGCCCGCUGGUGCGGACCGAGGGCUCCCACGUCACCAUCCUGUGCAACGUGUCGGGCUACAAGGAAGGGAUGGAGCAGAACUUUGAGUGGUCCAUGUACCUGCCCUCGGCGCUGGACCGGGAGAUCCGCGUGGUGAGCACCAACCAGCCCAACUACGCCUACGCCGUGUACGCACACCGGGUCAACACCAAGGAGAUCUACGUGGAGAGGCUGAGCGGCGACUCGGCCGUGCUGCACAUCACCCGGGUGCAGGCCCAGGACCAGGGUCUGUUCGAGUGCUACACGCCCAACACGGACGGCCAAUACCUGGGAUCCUACAGCGCGCGCACCAACCUCACCGUCAUCGCCGACUCGCUGACGGUGACGGCGCCGGCCCAGACCCUGUCCAAGGUGGAGAGCGACACGCUGCAGCUCACCUGCGAGGUGUCCCGGACCACGCUGCAGCACACGCACUUGUCCGUGGGCUGGUACCUGCGGUCCCCGGAGGACGCCGCCGCGCCGCCCCAGGAGCUGGUCACCUUGUCCCGGGACUUUGUCCUGCGCUCCGGCGGACCCUACCGGCAGAGGAUGGCGGCGGGGGACCUCAGGCUGGACAAGACCAGCGCCACCUCCUACCGGUUGACCAUCCACAAGCUGCAGCCGGUGGACCAGGGGCUGCUCUACUGCCAGGCCGCCGAGUGGAUUCAGGACGCCGACGACAGCUGGUUCGCGAUGACCCGCAAGCAGAGCGACAAGACCCAGCUGCGCAUCCAGCCCACCGACCGGGACUUCAGCAUCCAGGUGAGCACGGAGAGACGGUCCUUCACGGCCGGUGAGCCGCUGGAGCUCCACUGCACCAUCGAGGCCCAGAACGUCCCGGAGCGCUUCUUCUCGGUGUCGUGGGUCUUCAGCAGCUCACCGGUGGCCGUGGUGGGCACCAGUGCCGUGCCCGUCCUGGGCCCCGACUACGUCUCCCGCGAGGCCGCCGGACACAUGACCGUGCGCAAGGAGAGCGCCAACGUGUACUUGCUCAAGCUGCAGCACCUGCGCCCGGAGGACGCCGGCAAGUACAUCUGCCGCGUGACCGAGCGGGAGAAGACGCCCACGGGGGACUUCAUCGACCGCAGCAAGAGGUCCCGCAAUGUCCAGAUCACGGUCCAGCCGCUCAAGAGCAACAUCACGGUGUCGUUAUCGAGCAACUCCUCCGAGGUCCUCGAGGGCGACGUGAUCCAGUUGACGUGCGCCGUCCAAUCCACUUCGGGCCCCCUGUCCGUCGCCUGGCAGUGGACGGACAAGCAGGCGGCGGCGCCGGCCGUGGAGCUGGCCUCCAUCGAUCGGGACGGCACCGUACGGCACGGCGCCCCCUACGGGGAGCGCUCCAGCUACGGGGAGGUGCGCGUGGAGAAGGCGCGCCCCGACGCCUUCUCUCUGUCCCUGUACAACGCCCUCCCCGGGGACGAGGGCCAGUACCGCUGCGAGGCGACGGAGUGGCUCCAGACGGGCGCCGGGGCGGAGGCCGGCUGGCAGAAGAUCGGGGAGAGGUCGGCCGCCAGGGCCAUCGCCGUCAAGACCGUCGAGUCCUCCUUCAUGGUGUCGGCCUCGUCCCGCACGCCGUCCGUCACCUUCGGGGACUCCUUUGACCUCCUCUGCCUGGUGAAGCCUCGCCACAACCCUCGCGUGCCCACCUCCGUCACCUGGCGCUUCAUGCCGGACGCGGGCGGGGAGGACCGGGGCGAGUUCAAGGACCUGGUGACGUUCACCCGCGAGGGCACGCUGCAGUGGGGGGAGCAGCUGCUGGGCCUGGGCACCCGCACCACGGUGGACCGCUCCCACUCCAACACCAACUUCCGCUUGUCGGUGACCCGGGCGGGGCGCCGCGAGGCGGGCAAGUACCAGUGCACCGCUGUCCUGUGGAGGAAGAACUACGACAACAGCUGGAGCAAAGUAGCCAACCGCACCUCCAACCUGCUGGGCAUCAGUGUCCUACAGCCAGAGAGCAAGCUGCGGGUGCACAAGACCAACCAGUCCCAGGCGCACCUGGAGGACAGCCGCGUCCGGAUCAAUUGCUCCAUCGGCUCCCAGACCAGCCAGGAGUCCCAGCACGCCGUCAUGUGGUACGUGAGGCGCGCCGCCGGGUCGGAGGCGGACGAGCUCCUGCUGAGGAUCGAGCGCUCGGGCGCCUUCGAGUACGGCGCGUACGCCGAGGAGGAGCGGCUGCGGCGCCGGGUCCAGGCCGAGCGGAUGUCGGCCCGCCUCUACGUGCUGACGUUGAACCGGGCCGAGAGCAGCGACUCCGGGACGUACUACUGCCUGGUGGAGGAGUGGCUGAGCGACCCGGACGGCGCCUGGUACCGGCUCUCCCGGGAGGCCUCUGGCUACACGCAGGUUACGGUCCGACAGCCAGAGAAUCGACUGCAGGUGGAGGAACUGGAGUCCAACGUGACGGUGGAGGAGUCCUCCUCCAUCCGGCUGGGCUGCAGCAUUCCCUCCCAGUCGUCCCGAGACUCCCGCUUCUCCGUGUCCUGGUACGUGGAGCGCUCCGAGGAGGAAAGGGAGGACGACGAGGCACCGCCCGGCGGCGAAGAGAGGGAGUGCGUGUUCUCCAUCGGCCACGAUGCCGUGUUUGGAAACGGGAACUGCAGCCCCAGGGAGGAGCCGGGCCCAGAUUCCCGCCUGCAGUUUGAGAGGAUGACCUCCGACCAGUACAGCUUGACCAUCCAAGGGGCCCGGCCGACGGACGCGGGCCGGUACUACUGCCACGUGGAGGAGUGGCUACUCAACCCGCGCAAUGCGUGGUACCGCCUGGCCACCAACAACUCCGGCGUCACCAUCGUCAACGUGAUGCAACGAGCGUCCAGCGUGCAGUCGGUGGUGUGCUCCAACGACUCCCUCUUCUACUUUGUCUUCUUUUACCCCUUCCCCAUCUUCGCCGUCCUCCUCAUUGCCGUGCUGCUCGUGCGCUACAAGAGCCGCGGCAACAGCAAGAGCCAAGAGGGCAAGAACGGCGCCCCCCUCCUGUGGAUUAAAGAACCGCACCUCAGUUACUCCCCGACUUGUCUGGACCCGCCCGCACUCAGCCUGCACCCCGGCUCUGUCGACUAAGGGAGGCCCCCCCACCCCCCACCCACCCCCCCACCCGCCUCUCGCACAUCGAGGAUCCAACCAACACAAUGUGAGGAAGCGUAUCUGGACUCCACCUUCAGACCUUACUGUCGUUCACUGAUGUGUUGAAUUAGUCUGUUUGUUUAAAAAAUCCCUACCCAGGUGGCUGUCUGUUUUACGUUAUCUGUGUGUGUGUGUGUGAGUGCGCGUGUGCGUGUGUGUAUGUGUACGCGUGCGUGCGUGCAUGUGCGUGUACUAGAAUGGGUGUGCCAUGUUAGCACGAUUAUUUGUGCAGGUGCAAAUUGAAGGACAGGAAAGUAUCCGCAGCCUCUCUCGUUUUAGUUUUCUGUGAAACUUAGCCGCAGUUUUUGUUUUUAUUACUCUGAAUAUGUGUCUAUUUUUCAAGAGAGAAAGCGAAACGGUGCACUGGAGAUCAGCGUCCAAUCCGGGAAGAACAUACAAGAGAAGGAACUCUAUAAUCGACUCUGGCACUGAGUGGUAGCCAAAAAAAAAAAAAAAAAAGUCUCUGCACUGAUCCAAGAGCAGCCGCAGCCUGACCCACCUCGUUGGUUGCCAUGGUGAUCCACUGCGCCCACUGACUCGGUCCGUGGCCCGAUGACUUGGUUGCCAGCCUGCACAGAGACAAAAGCAAGGACACACACAAGUCUGUGUCCUAACUGGGGAUGUGCGUCGGCCCACCUGCCUCCACAAUGAAUUUGCCUUGGCAGACAGGAGCCGGUCCACUUAAACACUGCCAGGCACUCUGGCCUUAGUGAGAGACUCUUCUUCUCUACCCUCCUCUUCCCCCCCCCGUCCCCCGUCCCCGUCGGAUAGAAAGCGAGGCAGGGACGUCGGUACAGGUGGGGUGUAAAUGAACUGUGUCCUCGCCUGCUGAGGAUGUGUGUGUGCUUUUUAUUUCAUGUGGGGUUUUUUUUUCAGUGCCAAGACCUCCUUAUUUCCAUGCGCUUUCUGCUGUUUUUCUGCAGCUGAUGUGUGAAGUUUUGAAGUGAGUCGGAGAGCUGAUUUGCUUCGGAAGGAGAUUGUAAAUAUGUAUGCGUACCUCCUGCUGUGGGUUUGCGGACCUUGGAGGCCAAAAGCCCCGAUGUUGAAGCAAUUGAAUUUCCCUGCUUGUUUUACACAAGGGGCUUGUUGACUAGAAUUAAAGUUGCUGCACAUUUCUUUAGGUCUCCCCAGUACCCAGACCCAUGCGUCCAGUCUUUAAAGCCAUCUCAAGAUGCCAAUUGCAUUUUAAGAGGAUUUUGAUUUGUUAGGAGCCACACUGGAUAGGUAUAUGUGUGUGUUAAUGUGUAGUAAAAACACUUAAAAUGUAAUCUGCACAUAAGAAAACAAACGUACGACUGGGGAAAAAGAUUUAUUUUAAAGAUUUUUCUAUUUAUUGUUAUUUUUGUUUUUUUUUAAUACUUUGCCUAGCUUUGAAAACAAUUCUUUAUGCUUUGAAAUUCUCUUAGAACUCUGCUGCUUGUGUUGCCCGGCAACUGCACCAAGCAGAUUAUGUCAAUAGCCUGUGUGUUGGCAAUGUGAUAGAUGUAGAAAUGCUAGAUUUGUCCUGCGCAUUGCAGUCUGUAGCAUUUCAUACCAGAUUGUCAAGUUUGGUCAGUGUCAAAACACUGUAUAUCUAUACCUAUAAUGCAAAUUACUGUGGCUGUACGUGUACAAUAGUUGAACAGACAAGUCACGAAAAUGAAUUCACUUGCUUUUUUGCUUGAGUCACGUUAAUUUAGUGAAAUGUGAUGUGAGACAGAGGGAGGACGUUGGAUCAAAGACGGCUGAAACCCAACUGUUACGUUUUCUAAUCACGGAUUGUCGCUGAAGGCUCACCUGAUGCAAGGCAGACGGUUUGAAAAUCUGUGCCACCUUCCCUGGAAUAUAUGAGCCAGGAGGGGGGGGUGCGAAGUCCUCUACCCACUAAACCCUUUCACUGCCAGACUGGACACGAAAGCUCUCGUCCCAAUAAUCGUGUAUAUUGCAUGACAAUACUGCAGGAGGAAUUUUGAUGUUUUGUAAACUUUGAGCUCUUUCAGCAAUGUGUUUGUGUGACAAAGCCGUGCCCCCCUUUGACCCCUCCUCCUCCCCCAUCCCCCCCCCAUCCUUCCCUCCCUCCACACCGACUUCCUGAGCCGAGAGUCAACACGAAAGCCCGGUCCUUGUCAUCUACGAUAUUUAACUGCCGAUUCCAGAUGCCCUUUGAAACCUGUGAAGUGAUCUUGUUUCAAGAAUGGCUGUUGUGGAGAUUGUGUUUGAUAUUAUUGCUCAUAUUUGUCUUUUUAAUGUUUGCUUUUAUGCAGCACUUCAUUAAACAGAUUUAUGUCAACAAACAAAAAAACAAAAAAGCAUAAGUGGAUAAUGUUCGAAUGAUGACGCAAACCACCGAUUUCGGAGACUUCCACACUUUCUUCGCCGUUUUUUUGAAGUUAACCUGUCAAUUUCGAGUAGAUCUGCCGCUACGUCCACGUUGAGGAAGGUGGUUUCCACGUGCAGCACAUUCAGUCUUCAAAGGAGAUGCCCGUGAAUUAGCUGUCAGUCAACUCAUUAGUAGCCGUGUGUUUUACAAGCGUUUGGGAGGGGCGGCGGGGUGACGGACACACGAGUGCGGCGCACGCGUCGUGUUGCCUGCUCUUAACGAGGCAACGUCUCCCACAAGAAAGAGAAAAAGACGUUUCGGUCUUUCUUUGUCGAGCAUCCAGAGCAGAAAAAAAAGAAAAA